AUGAUACUUGACUUUGUCAAUUUGAGGACCAAGGUUGAGUCGACAUUAAAAAUAAUGUCUCACAAAUCCGGUGCUAUUAAAAAUAUGAGGUAUUUUAUAAUUCUCGGUUUGAGAUUCAAGUUCUUGGGUGAGGAUGGUGACAUUAGAACUGGGGUUGUACAUAUAUUCCUUCUACUUUGUCCAUGGAGGGGAUGGGUUUUGUUGGAAUCAAAUUUUGAGAGUUGUAGGGAGAGUGGUACUCAUAAGGAAAGUGAGAAAGGUAAUGGAGAGUCUGUUAGUAAGUGUCAAGAAGAGGAUGAUGAGUUUCUAGAUAGUGAUUAUCACUUCAGAGAUAGUAGCAGUGAUGAUGAUGAUGAUGAUGAUGAUGCAUUGUGGUUUGAAAAUGAGACAAAUUCUAAUAGUGAGAGUGAUGAAGAUAUAGUUGAUGUUCCCGCUAAUCCAGAAGAACAAAAGAGCAGUGAUAAUGAAAACCUGGAGCCUCCUCUAUCUACCUAA